AUGUCCUCUGUAAAUUAUGGGAAUGAAGGUAUAACAUCGAAUGAUGAAACAACAAAUUCAUCAGGUGCAAUUAUUCAACAUCCAUAUCUUAAUCCAAAUGCAAAUGUUGCUUAUGCAGCUGCAGCUGCUGCUGCAGUUUCAUCAGCAUCAACAUCAUCAACUAUAGGUCCAUAUCAACAUUAUUAUGAUCAUACAUUACCUUCACAACAACUUUUACAUGUUCAACCAACUGUUGGAUUUUAUCCAACAACAACAACAACAGUAUUAAAUCAUCAACAUCAUACCGACUUUAAUAAUUCAUCACCAUCGAUUGCAUCAUCAUCGAGUUCAAUUGAAUCAUCACGUAAAACAACGAAUCGAAAACGAAAUACAGUUGAUUCAGAAAAACUACCUGGAAUAGCACUAUCAACUAAAGCAAAUGCUAAACGAAAACAACCAAAUGAUGAUGAUCUUGAUGAUGAUGAUGAUGAUGAAGAAAAUAAAUGCUAUUUACGUGGUGCUCCUAUACCAAAUGUUUUAAUGUCUACAAAUCAUCCACAUAGUGGUACAGGCGGUGAAGAAGAUAAAGAAAAACAAGCUCGUGAAAAUCAUUGUGAAAUAGAACGUCGUCGUCGUAUUAAAAUGGCAACAUAUUUUGCUGAAUUAUGCGAUAUGGUUCCAUCAUGUUCAAAUUUAGCACGUAAACCAGAUAAAUUAACAAUAUUACGUAUGGCAGCACAAUUUAUGAAAAAUUUACGUACAAAUAAUAAUUCAUUAUCAUUAAAUUCAACACAAAUUUCUCAACAACAACAAGUCGAGUUACAUAAACCAUCAUUUCUUAAUGAUCAAGAAUUAAAAUAUUUAAUGGUUGAAUCAUGUGAUGCUUUUUUAUUUGCAUUAAAUUGUGACAAUUUACGUAUUAUAUAUGUAAGUGAUGCUAUACAACAUAUACUUUCUUAUACAUGUCAAGAUUGGUAUUCAAGAUAUUUUUAUGAUUUUGUUCAUCCUGAUGAUGUAGAAAAACUUCGUGAACAAUUAAAUUUACAACCUCAAGAUGGAAAUUCAAAUGGUAAUGGUCGAGUGUUAGAUCUUAAAACUGGUACAAUUAAAAAGGAUGCACAUGCUACAAUUAGUUCAAAACGAUCAUUUAUUUGUCGUCUUCGUGUUGGUUCAACAAAUCCACUUGAUCAUACACAUCAAAAUCCAUUUGUUAAUCCAUGUAUAUUACGUCGACGUCAUCGUACAUCAUUAGGCCCAUCAAUAGAUGGCCAUCUUUAUGAAGUCGUACAUAUAAGUGGUUAUAUACGAAAUUUAAAUAUUCAUCAUCAUCCAUCAUCACAUCAUGAUAAUCCAUCAUCAUCAUCAUCAUCAACAACAACAACAACCACGACAUCAAAUUCCAAUAGUCAAAUGGCAUUUAUAGCCAUAGCUCGUAUACAAAAUUCAUGUUCACCAAAUGUAAAUGAUUUAACCAAUGGUUCAAUAUCAUCAUUAAAUUGUUUAACAACUGAAUUUACAUGCCGUUGUAAUAGUGAUACAAGUGAAAUAUUAUUUAUUGAUCAACGUUGUACACCUAUAAUUGGUUAUAAAAGUCAUGAAUUAUUACAUAAAAUUCUUUAUGAUCAAAUACAUGUUGAUGAUCAAAUUAAAUUUCAAGAUUUAUUUAAACGAACAGUUACACAAAAAAAUUUAUCAAAUACAUCAUCAAAUUUAACAAAUCUAAUCAUACGUUUUCGUACGAAUAUUGAUAAUGAAUAUGUUUCAUUAAAAACUUCAACAUAUGCUUUUUGUAAUCCAUGUACAGAUGACAUUGAAUUUAUAAUAGUUACAUUUUUAUCAAAUCAAACAACAAAUAAAACAUCAGUUAUAACAAAUUCAAAUGAUUAUAGUCGUUUAACAUACGAAACAUAUACAAGAAAUUCAAGUGCAAUUGUUCCAAAUCCAAUAACACGUUAUUCACAACAAUCACCAUCAACAUAUAAUAAUCAAGAUGGACAAGAUUAUUCAACUGGAAAUGGUAAUAAUGAUGGAAGAACAUAUGUAAGUAAUAAUGGUGGUUCAGCAUGGGCAUCAGCAAAUGAUAAUUGGACAACAGGAAAUUCAACAACAACAAAUACUGAUUAUGUUGAUACACCAGCAACACUUGCACUUUAUCAUCAAUAUCAUCAGUAA